GUGCGUAAAAGGCAAGUUUACCGAAACCGGUUGGCUGGGCUGUGCGCACACAAACACACUCGAACCGGCGGAUGAACUUCAUCUGGAUAAUGGAUUAACGCAUCAGACAGAUAGCAAAAAACAACGCACAGCAACUCCAGAUGUCAAUGUAUCGGAAGAAAACACCCACCCACCCACGAUGGAGUGACUCACAGUUUUAAGUAGUUGAAUAAGCGAGCGCCGGUGCGGACGGGGAGAUUCUGCGUGGGGUAUUUAAAGUCUUUCUGGUACUUAAAGCUCGACCAACUGUGGGUUUUAUGGGGAAGGGAAGCGUUGGGCUCGAGCCGCCAUACGGACUGACAGUUGCUGCACGAGGCGCUGGUGCCAGAUAUGGAUAGCGAGCGGGAUACCUCCGGACGCUGGUGCGCAUCUUCAUAAAGUGCGACACUUCCACACUGACGAGGCCAAAAACUUCAUUUGUCCCGAGUCAAAGUUGCUGACAAACGGAGGAAGCUUUGAAGAUGCUUCAAGGGGUCGCCAGGAGAUUUCACACGCUGCUCGUGAUUUGGUCGAUACUUCUCGUGAGUUUGGGGACCGGGUUUCCUACCAGACACAAGAAUGUUGCCCACAAAGCUCAUGGCCACCUGAUUCCCGGUGCUGGGGUCCAAUAUGUCCCUGAGAUUUUGGAGCAGCACAACCAGGUCCAGAGUCUCCUGCCUGAGCCCCACGGCCCCCAGAGGAGGUGGACCCACCCCCAGCACCGCUCUGUUGGUGUUCUCCCACAGCCGGAGCCUGAGGAAGAGACCAAACCCUUCAUCCUGGAUCUCAAGAACUUCCCAGACCUGGCAAAUGCUGACAUCAGCUCGCAGAACCCAAACAUACAGGUAACCAUUGAGGUGGUGGACGACCCCCAGAUGGAGGUAGAGAUGGAUCUGGCAAAGGAGAAAGAAUGGCUACCCUCCUCUUCCUCCUCACCAUCUUCCACCGUGGAUUGGCUAGGAGGCAAGAAGCUUUUCUGGCCCCUUUUCUGGAGUUACACCGACGCCGACUCCGGCGAGGAAAGCAACAGCCGCUCAGGGGCAGACGAAAAUGGUGAGGAAGAGGAGGAGGAGGAGGAUUACUCUCUUGAUUACGGCAGCGAGGAGCCCUUACCAAGCGGAGUGGGCGAAGACUGGGAUACGCGUUGGAACGAAGGCUGGGAUCCAAUACAGAGCUACUACGAGAAGGAAACAGAUGAGUGGACUCCCUGGUCUCCCUGUUCAGUGACAUGUGGCAACGGGGAGAGGAAAAGGACCAAGUCCUGUGGCUAUUCCUGCACUCUGACGGAAGCUUCCAAGUGUGACCUUGAGCCUUGUCCUGGUGAUGUCAACACUGUAGUCGAGCCAUUCCCUUUCGCGAUGGAGAAUGGAACAGAGCCAUUUGGAACAGAUGUGGACAGCUGUGAGAAGUGGCUCAACUGUAAGAGUGACUUCCUCCAGAGGUACCUCCACCAGGUGAUGUCUGAGCUGCCCAGCUGCCCCUGCGCUUACCCUUCUGAAGUGGCGUACACCGUGGUUAGCGUCUACGACGAAAAUCAUGGCCGGCCAUUCCGGUGGCGCGACGCCAGUGGCCCCAAGGAGCGCAUGGACAUCUACAAGCCGUCAGCGCGCAGCUGCAUCCGCUCAGCACUUUCCAGCGAUUCGUCCACUCUUGCAGCGCAGCACUGUUGCUACGGUGAUCGUGGACGGCUGAUCACACGGGGGAAAGGCGCAGGCACGCCUAACCUGAUCAGCACUGAGUUCUCUCCCGAGCUGCACUUCAAGGUGGACGUGCUGCCGUGGAUCCUGUGCAAGGGAGACUGGAGUCGCUUCCACGCGGUGCGGCCACCUAACAAUGGGUUGAGCUGCCCAGAAAACCCCCAUGAAGACGUGUUCAUGAAUGAACUGGAGGAAGCCAGGGAGUACUGAGGGACCACAGCCAAAAUUACCACUUCACACAGUCAGAGGGCCCAAUCCUAAUUUGAGAGGAGACAGCCUUUUAAAACAUACGAAGAUUACACCUAAAUCAUGCGUUGACUCAGAGGAAAUGCACAAUUGUGAUUGGGAGGUGUGUGGGUGAAGUGUGGUUGUCUCAAGUUAGGAUUUGGCACAGUUUCCUGAUAUCAGGCUCAAUGGAACUAAAUCACAAGAAUGAAAAAAAAAAAAGCAGUGUUCUCCCAUUGCUUGCCAACCUGUUCCACAUCUGGGAUACCAUCCAGCUCUCUCUCUAUAUUCACUCUCCUGGGUGCGUGUAAGCAUGAUGUCUACCUACUGGCUUUGUUUGAUAGUGUCCCGGAGCGCUUGUGAUUGACAAUAAGCAACAUGUGAUAAACAUCCUGAUCAUGCUUCUUGUAAGUCUUAUGUUAGGGAAAUGUAUGAAUGUGGGUUGGUUAUAUUGAUGAAACAAACACAUGCAUGAGAAGAGUCCAACAGAAUAUGAAUAUCCCGACUAUGCUGCUACAAUAUAUAAUCCAUCAGGUUUUCACAAAGGUGUUAAGGGGAACAAGACGACAGGACAUCAAUAAACCCAAGAAGACUCAUAGUAAUAGACAUUACAGACCAUUUUUGGGACACUAAAUUAUGUGAAUAUUUGAUCUCCAGAGUUUCGUCACACAGGUUGAUUUCAAGCGUUUUCUCACAUUUUCACAGCCGGGAAGAUAAUAUGAUCUGGGUGCCAAAGAGUUAAACAAUCAGACUGUUGGUGCCUGCGUAAAUCCAGCCUCCUAAGUCUCUACGGUGCAAAUGUAGGAAGAAAUUAAGUUCUACAGUGAUGAUGCUCUUAGACCUCUACAAUGUUCUCAGGGGGACUCACUAACCACGAUUAACACAUCUGUUCAUUUACCUCGACAGCAGAGCACUAUUGAAACUACUACAAAGUGUAUUGGGGUAAACAUAAGUCGAAAGGUAACAGAUUUCCUAUUCCAGAAUGUAAUUGAUUGGCAGAUAAUGCUUUUUCUUCGGUUUCAAAAAGCAGUAAGGAACCUUCUAACUGAAAAAGCUGUUCAAGCAUUAUGUGUGAUAGAAGGAUGUCAUUGCUGCUUAAGCUGUGGGCUUAGGGUCUUUGGGUUUAUGUACAGAACUUGAAUGGAUAGAAAGGACAUUCCUACACACUUUUAAGUAAAUACCCCAUAAGAUAUAGUGCAAAGAAUUGAUUAUGGAAACAGUGUUAGCAUUGUCGCUAUAAUAAAACUCAGCACCUUGCUCAAAACCUUCGUAGUAAUAUAUACUAUACAUAGAAAUACCUUCGUAUGCCAGGAAUCGCCUAUUCUAUCCAGUCUCAUUCUAGGGAUGUUCACUCCAAACCUUUUUUCAGGAAUUCUGCUUCAAGAUGUGAUAUGCAAACACGCAUUUACAUUUUGAAAUCACCAAUUUUAAAGGAAGGCACUUUAUUUAAAGUAUAUAUAAAUAUAUACAAAAGAUAUAUCAAAAUGUACUCUUGUUUGCCAUUUGUUGAUGAUAGUGUUAUUGUGAAGGAAAACUCGCCAGAAAUGCUGCAUUGUUCUUUGAAAGUGCAUAUCAAGUGUUCUGUUGAGGAAAGCAUGAUCUUUUCUUGUGAUUUCUGAAUCUAGUAUUACAUAUAUGGUGUUGUACAGUAUUUAUUUGUCUGUUCUCUCUUUUUUUAAGUUUGCUGAAGCUUUUGAAAUGUCUCUUUACUCAACAUGGUGCACUAAUCUGACUGAGAAAGGAAGGCACCCAUUGUCAAAAGGGAAACCCACUUGCCUCAUAUCACUUCAUACAGCAACAUCAAGUGUUUCAUUCGACUUUGUGCUGCAGUGCUAUGAAUAUGUCGUUGCAAUUAUGCUGAAGAAAUAUAUAAAGACCUUGCAUUCAUCA